AUGAAGAGCAUACUCAGCUGCAGCAUUGAGGGGGAGAAGGCAGGAGGGUUCAAAAGAUCAACUGUAUCUUCAGCCAUUGUUGGUGGCACUGGUGUUCAAAAUAGUAUAGCCAAUCUGCAUGAAACAUCUCAGCAAGAUAUAUCCAAUUCUGGUGCUGAACUUGACAGGCAUUACUGGCAGGGCCACUACCUCAGCAACUGUGGCACAGCAAUGCUGUGCAUAGACCAGCUGCACACAGACCAGUGUGCACAGCUGGCCCUGAACCCUGCACAUGGAUUUCAGUUUCGACCUCUUGUUCCUAAGUCAUCAACCCAGCCAAACACCCCCAGCCUUCAGUUGUACAUUACAAGCACAUUUAACCUCAUGUCAAUUGAGCUUCUGGCAGUGUGCACUGCUUUCGUACUCGGGAGCCCAUCACAACUUGAAGAAGCCCACGAAGUUUCUUGGCUUGUCGGGGCAUAUAUCGAACCCAAAAAAGGUCGACCAACCGGGGAUUCGAACCCCGAAUCUUCAGCUGAUUUCUGGGAAUCACGUGACCCAAAUCCGGAAACUGACGCCUUAACCAUUAGGCCAGCCGGCCGUUACGAAUGCACAUUAUAUUCUCAAACAAUGGCGCAAAAAGGAGGAGAAAUGAGCGAGAAACGAGCGAGAUUCGAGGUGGCAGAGCAGGAGGACUUGUCGCGAGACCUGUCAAUCGGAGUUCACAUCGGGCAGACCUUGACAGUCAAUUCGUCGCAGAGCCGCGGUCCAUACAACCUUCCUCCCAGAGAACGCGACAUCGACAACCUCACAUACAACCCGCAGGCGGACUCGCGCUCUGACAACGCCGCGUUCGAUGACACCGACCCUUCCUUCCGGCCGGUUGGUGCACGCGGUGCUGAUGACCAGCCUCCCUACCGCAAUGCGGGCAGGGAGGACCUCGAUGCGGAGCGUUCAGACCAGACCGGCCAGAUCCCGCGGGGUGAGGUCGACGACCUUCUCGGUAGCUUGACCGAGGAAGAGAGGAACGUCGGCGGUAGGACUAGAGGCAAGAAGGUCGAUGCCUAUAAGCAAGAGCGCGGCAUUGACGAGGAUCUCGACGCGAGCGGCAUCUCCAGCGCCGAUCAAGAUGUCGAAAUUGGCGCAGCCACUGGCCGCUGA